AUGGCGUAUAUGAGCAUGGGAGAAGCACACAGAAGAAUCACCGAAUAUCUAAACCGCUUUUCCGAGGCCGUUUCGUCCCAAGACGGCGCGUCCCUAACGCGCCUCCUCUCCGUCUCCUCCGAAUCCCCCUCUCUCCUCUCCCUGGCCGACGCAAUCAUUACCUUCCAGGAUGCUAAUAGACUGAUAAUGCAAUCUGAGAAGUACUCCCAGUAUGUGGAUAUUAUGGUCCCUCUAUUUCGUGCUUUGCAGAAUUAUCGACUUGGGAACCUGGUUGAUUCGUACCAGGCAUUCGAAAAAUCUGCCAAGUAA